UGAGCCAACAUGUGACACAGUCAACGGAUGGAGUCCUCACGGCUCAAACUGUUACAAGAAGAUGGAGACCCCCAACGGUUGGCUGGGGGCUCGUCACGACUGCCUCUGGGAGGGCGGGGACCUUGUCUCCAUCACCUCUGAAGACGAGGAAAUGUUUGUGAUGGAGCAAAUGGGCAACAAAUCGUUCUGGAUAGGACUCUCCAAUCUGAACUGCAACGAGACCUGGUGUCAGUUUUUUAAAGCGGGCGAAAAGAGUGUGACUUGGUCCUACACCAGUAUGACGCCGACCUACGCCAACUGGGACCCGCGUCAAGACCAGAGCUUCAACGAUGAAUCCUGCGCAUAAGUCAACCAAGGUGUGCACGGAGACAGUCGGCCUAGGAAGUGGAGACGUGGCUCGUGCAGAUCCUCAUUGGUGUACAUGUGCGAGCGGUCGCCCGACGACUGCCCAGAUGGAUGGCCGUGUUCCUAUAAAGACUUAGGUUACAGUUACAGUCGAGUGGAGACUUCCUACUGUGACUCUGACGAGUUCCUGUACAAGGACUCUUGUUAUCACUUUGAGGGGACGCCUAAAACUUGGCAAGCGGCUGAAGAUUUCUGCAAGGAAAAGAGAGGUCUCUUGGCCAGCGUCCACUCACCGGUUGACAGACAAUUUUUGGCUGCUCACGUGCAAGAAGGAGCUCAACCUUGGCUGGGACUCAAGAAAAGCACAGCACACAAAUUUGAGUGGCUUGACGGAUCAUCUACAGGCAUCGUCACAAAGAACCCUACUCAAAAUUCAGAUGACUGCGCAAAGUUGAUUGAGACUGGAGAAAUUCAGCUUGAGGGUUGUACUGCCCUUCGUCCAUCCAUCUGUCAAAAAGGCAAGGCCAGAGCUUCUCUUCCGCUACUUCCGGCGUCGGCAUCAGCGUCAGGCAAGAGUGCAAAGUGCGGCUGGUGGCGGGAGAACCCCGCCAACGACUUCUGCUACCUGAUCAACGCCAUGCCCACCAAGACCUGGAAGGAGGCGCGAGACGAGUGCGCCCGCCUCAGAGGCAACCUGCUCGCCAUCACCGACUCGAACGAACACACCUUCAUACGAGGGCUUCUGCCAAGCGGUUCCUCUUUUUGGUUGGACGCCAGCGACACCAUUGUUGAAGUCGGCAGCAAGCAGUCUGACGAAUCCUCACCGAGUUCCGUCCUUUUGGCCGCAAGUAACCCUGGUGACCCCCCCGGCCGACGCUGCAACUCCUUACUCAGUGGCAAGGGCGGCGUGGAAGUUGUCGAUUGCGAGAAGAAGCGCGGCUACGUCUGCAAGAGAAGAGUCGUUCAGACAUGUGAAAGGACCAAAGGGUGGCUCAGCUUUGGCUCCAACUGCUACAAGAAGAUGGAGACCACCAACGGUUGGCUUGGGGCUCGUUGCGACUGCGUCUGGGAGGGUGGCGACCUGGUCUCCAUCACCUCAGAGGACGAGCAAAGCUUCGUGAAGGAGCAAAUGGGCGACAAGCCAUUCUGGAUCGGACGUUCCAAUCUGAACUGCGACGUGGCCUGGUGUCAGUUUUUUGAAGCAGGAGAAAAAAGACUGUCUUUGUCCGACACCGGUGUGACGCCGACCUACGCCAACUGGGACUCGCGUCAAGAUAGAAGCUCCGACCAUGAAUCCUGCGCGUACGUCAACCAAGGUGUGCACGUAGACAGUCACCCUGGAAAGUGGAGACAUGGCUCGUGCGGAUCCUCAUUGGCGUACAUGUGCGAGCGGCCGCUCGACGCCUGCCCAGACGGACGACUGUGUUCCUACAAAGACUAUGGAAUCGGCUACAAUCGAGUGGAGACUUCCUACUGCGACACUGGCGACUUCCUGUAUAGGGACUCUUGCUAUCACUUUGAGGGGAUGAAGCGAACUUGGGAGGCAGCCGAGAGUUUCUGCGAAGAAUGGAACGGUCACCUGGCCAGCGUCCUCUCAUGGGAUGAGGGCAAAUUCUUGGCUGCUCACGCACCAUAUGCAGGAGGAGUGCAAUCUUGGGUGGGACUCAAGAAGAACAAGGACAACUUUGAGUGGAGCGACGCAACACCUACGGGCAACAUUGCAUGGGUGCUAAACCGGCCAACAGGACGUGGAGAUUGCUGUGCGCUAUCACCAACUGGACAAGUUGAGGACUGGCCCUGCACCAAUAUUCGGUCAUUCAUCUGUAAAAAAGCCAAGGUCCAAGAGUUGGUUCUUCCUCCGCCGGCAGGCUGGAAUGCAAAGUGCGGCUGGUGGCCGGACCGAUCCUCUUCCGACUUCUGCUAUUUGAUUCAACGCGAGGCCCACCAAGACCUGGAAGGAGGCGCGAGACGACUGCCUCCGCCACGGAGGCGAUCUGCUCAGCAUCACCAACUCACAUGAACAGGCCUUCAUACAAAGUCUGUACACUUUUCUGCCGAGCUCUCCCUCUCUGUGGUUGGGCGUCAACAACAACAUCACGAAAGACGGCAGCGAGUGGACUGACGGAUCCCCGUUCGCUUACGUGCUCAUGGACGGCG